AUGACUGUGAGGAAUCUCGCCACCGAUCAAUUUGCACUUCUCCAGUUUAAAGACCAUAUCCUUGAUCCUCACAAUGUCUUGGCAAACAAUUGGACAGACUCCAGCUCUGUUUGCAACUGGCUUGGUGUUUCUUGUGGUGUCAGACAUGGAAGGGUCACAUCCUUGACUCUCCCAAACAUGAAUUUUACAGGAACUAUCCCUCCAUGUCUUGGAAAUCUCUCAUUUCUACUCUAUCUCAACUUGAGUAGGAACAAUUUCUAUGGCAAUCUACCCCAAGAAUUGGGCCAACUGCAUCGUUUGAGGCUCUUUCAUUUAAGUUUCAACCGCCUUAAUGGGGCGAUUCCAUCAUGGCUUGGGAAAUUACAUAGGGUUGAAGAGUUGAGAAUGAGAAAUAAUAAUUUUACAGGCACAAUUCCUCAAACACUUGUUAACAUGUCCAAACUAGAGAUCUUGGACUUGGGAACCAAUCAACUAUCCGAUCAGAUUCCAUCUUUCAUCUUCAAGAUUUCCUCUUUGAAAAAGAUUUAUCUCCAAGAUAAUAGUCUUUCUGGUAGUUUGCCAGAUGAUUUGUGUUCCCAUCUUCCUGAACUUGAAGUUCUUUACUUUUUCAAAAAUGAAUUAUCCGGUUAUAUUCCAUCAUGUAUAGGCACAUGCAGCAAGCUUCAAAAAUUAGCAUUGUCUGGUAAUCAAUUCAAUGGGUUCAUUCCAAGAAAUAUUGGAAAUUUAACACAACUCAGAGAAGUAUUUUUGGGUUUAAAUAACAUAGAAGGUGAAAUUCCAGCUUCCAUCUUCAACAUUUCUUCUCUGACCAUUGUUUCUCUAUCACAAAAUAAUUUAUCAGGUAGAUUGCCUGAUGAUACGUGUUAUCAUCUUCCCAAGCUUGAGGAGCUUUACUUGGAUUAUAAUCAAUUAUCUGGUAAUAUUCCAUCAAAUAUAGGCAAAUGCUACAAUCUACAGUAUUUGACAUUAUCUACAAAUCAAUUCACCGGGCUCAUUCCAAAAAGUAUUCGGAAUUUAACCAUGCUCAAAGCAAUAUAUCUAGGUGAAAAUAGAUUGGAAGGUAACUUACCACCUAUGACCAGCGUUCAAAGGCUUGAAGAGCUUGUCCUAUGGGGAAAUAAUCUUAGCGGAAACAUUCCUAACUUCAUCCCAAAUGCUUCCAUGCUCAAGGUUCUUGAAUUAGAAGAUAAUUCCUUCUCUGGCAUUCUUCCAGAUUCUCUUGGCAACUUAAGACACCUUGAAUUGUUGGAUAUUAGUUUCAAUCAUUUGACCACAAAACCUGCUACUCAUGAGUGGAGCUUUCUCUCUUCUUUGGCAAAUUGCAAGAAUUUGAUGGUUCUAUCAGUUUCCAGAAACCCACUGAAUGGCAUUCUUCCUACUUAUAUUGGGAAUCUUUCAACAUCUCUUCAACAAUUUUUUGCUGGUGAUUGUGAGCUUCAAGGUCAUAUACCGUUGGAAGUCGGUAACUUAAGCAACAUGUUGCUUUUAGAGCUUAGCAACAAUAAAAUAAGCGGAUCUAUUCCGGUCACAAUAGGUGGACUAAGAAAUUUGCAACUUUUGAAUCUCGAAAUGAAUGAAUUACAAGGGCCCAUUCCACAAAUUAUUUGCGGUUUGAAGAGAUUGUUUCAUUUGGGAUUAUCUUAUAAUAAGCUUGGAGGACCUAUGCCUACAUGCUUGGGUAAUUUGACUUCUUUGAGAAAUCUUAUCUUGGGAUCCAACAAAUUGAGUUCUACUAUACCUUCAACCUUGUGGAGCCUUAAAGAUAUUUUAACAAUAGAUUUGUCGUCAAAUUACUUUAGCUCCUCCCAUCCACUUGAUGUUGGAUAUUUAAGGGCACUGAUGUAUUUAAAUUUGUCAAGGAAUCUUUUGAGGAGUGAUAUCUCAUCUACAAUUGGGGGCCUUGAAACUUUGGUUUCUUUAGAUUUAUCUAAUAACAAAUUUCAAGGUCAUAUUCCUGAAUCAUUUGGUGGCUUGAUUAGUUUGGAAUUCUUGGAUUUAUGCAAUAAUAAUAUCUCUGGAGUUAUUCCCAAUUCUUUGGAGAAACUUUUGAAUCUAAAAUAUUUUAACGUGUCUUACAAUAGAUUGGAAGGAGAAAUCCCCGCUGGAGGACAAUUUCGAAACUUUUCUAGCAGAUCAUUCAUGCAAAAUUAUGCACUUUGUGGUCCACCUAGAUUGCUAGUCCCGCCUUGCAAGAAUACAGUCCACAAAAAUUCCAAGAUGACCAUAUUGCAUGUUUUAAGUUAUGGUUUACCAACAAUUGCUACUGUAAUAGUAACAAUACUUUGUACUAUUAUGUACAGAAAAUACCAAAGUAGGAGUAUAACUCCACCAGCUAAGGAAGGUUUGUUAUUUUUGAAAACAUGGAGAAGAAUUUCACAUGCUGAACUUUUACAGGCAACUGAUGGAUUUGACGAAUGCAACUUGCUUGGUUCAGGGAGUUUUGGAUCUGUAUAUAAAGGGAGGCUUUUAGAUGGGAUGAAUGUUGCAAUAAAAGUUUUCAACUUGCAGAUAGAGGGAGCAUUUAGGAGUUUCGACACUGAAUGUGAAGCUUUGCGUAAUAUAGUCCAUCGCAAUCUUGUCAAGGUCAUUACUUGCUGUUCCAAUGUGAACUUCAAAGCCUUGGUGUUUGAUUUCAUGCCUAAUGGAAGUCUUGAGAAAUGGUUACAUUCUGAACACUGUUUCCUUGAUAUCUUACAAAGGAUCAAUAUAAUGAUAGAUGUUGCAUCAGCUCUAGAAUACCUCCAUGCUGGACAACCAACUCCUAUAAUCCAUUGCGACCUAAAGCCAAGUAAUAUUCUACUAGAUGAAGACAUGGUUGCGCAUUUGGGAGAUUUUGGCAUUGCCAAACUAUUGAAAGAAGAUGAUUUCAUGAGACAAACCAUGACGCUUGCAACUAUUGGAUAUAUGGCACCAGAAUUUGGAUCAGUAGGAAUUGUUUCUGUAAAAUGUGACUUAUACAGCUUCGGGAUUCUUUUAAUGGAAACCUUUACAAAAAAAAAGCCAACGGAUGAAAUUUUUACUGAAGCAAUGACUAUGAGACAUUGGAUGAAAAGGUCACUGUCUAAAGGAAUGAUUGAUAUUGCGGAUGCCAAUUUAUUAAGAAGAGAUGAUAAAUAUUUCAUUGUUAAAGCAAAUUGCAUAUCAUCCAUCAUGGAGUUAGCUUUGAAAUGUUCGGCUGAGUUACCUGAGGAUAGAAACAAUAUUGUGGAUGUUGUGGCUAUGCUCAAGAAAAUCAAACAGAAGUUUCUAAUCAGCAUUGAGCAUGUUUAA